UGAGAGGCGGUCCACGUUUUUUCGCUCUCUCCUGUACACGCGGUUGAGGAAGCCCGUGGGCCUGAGCAGGUCGUGCUGAAAAAUGCCGGGAAAACUCCGGAGUGAGUCCAGGCUGGCACCAGACGCGGCCGAGGAGAGCAUGGAGACCGUGCCGAAGCCCAGCGGGAAGAAAACUGGAAAAGAGAAGGCCAAAUCUAAGACCAAAGAAGCCACAGAAGGAAUGGAAGAGGCUGUCUCCUCCAAAGCUAAAACAGUUAAAAAGAAAGGGCUCUCUGAAGAUGAUGUUGAACCCCCUAAAUCCAAGAAGGCCAAGAAGCAAGAGGAAGCACAUGAAGACCACACUGAUUCUAAAAGCAAAACCCCCAAGAAGAAAAAGGAGCCCCUCGAGAAGAAAGCGGCCUCUGCGAAAACCAAAAAAACAAAAGUGGAGGAGCCUUCUGAAGAAGAUACUGACAUUCCUAAGCCCAAGAAAAUGAAGAAAGGGAAGGAAGCAAAUGGAGACGCUGCAGAGAAAAGCCCCAAGCUCAAGAAUGGAUUCUCUCAUUCUGAAUCAAACUCGAACUCCAGUGAAGCUCCUGGUGAGGAAAGUAGUAGUGAGACAGAAAAGGAAGAAAUACCUGUGGAACAGAAAGAAGGAGCUUUCUCCAAUUUUCCAAUAUCUGAAGAGACUGUCAAGCUUCUCAAAGCUCGUGGGGUGAGCUUCCUGUUUCCCAUACAAGCCAAGACAUUCCACCAUGUGUACAGCGGGAAAGACUUAAUUGCCCAGGCGCGGACAGGGACUGGGAAGACGUUCUCCUUUGCCAUCCCUUUGAUUGAGAAGCUUCAGAGUGGGCUCCAAGACAGGAAGAGAGGCCGCGCCCCUCAGGUACUAGUUCUUGCACCUACAAGAGAAUUAGCAAAUCAAGUGAGCAAAGACUUCAGUGACAUCACCAAAAAGUUAUCAGUGGCUUGUUUUUAUGGUGGAACUCCAUAUGGUGGUCAAAUUGAACGAAUGCGGAGUGGGAUUGAUAUCUUGGUGGGGACCCCAGGCCGUAUUAAAGACCACCUACAGAAUGGCAAGCUAGACCUCACCAAACUGAAACAUGUUGUGCUGGAUGAAGUGGACCAGAUGUUGGAUAUGGGUUUUGCCGAUCAAGUGGAAGAAAUUUUGUGUGUGGCAUAUAAGAAAGAUUCUGAAGACAACCCCCAAACAUUGCUUUUCUCUGCAACUUGCCCUCAUUGGGUAUUUAAUGUUGCUAAGAAAUACAUGAAAUCUACAUACGAACAGGUGGACCUGAUUGGUAAAAAGACUCAGAAAGCAGCCAUAACUGUGGAGCACCUGGCGAUUAAGUGUCACUGGAGUGAGAGGGCUGCUGUUAUUGGGGAUGUGAUCCGAGUGUACAGUGGGCAUCAAGGACGUACUAUCAUCUUCUGUGAAACCAAGAGGGAAGCCCAGGAGCUAUCACAGAACACAUGUAUAAAGCAGGAUGCCCAGUCUUUACAUGGCGACAUUCCCCAGAAGCAAAGGGAAAUCACGCUGAAAGGUUUUCGAAAUGGCAGUUUUGGAGUUUUGGUGGCAACCAAUGUUGCUGCCCGUGGGUUAGACAUCCCUGAGGUUGACUUGGUUGUACAAAGCUGUCCACCAAAGGAUGUGGAGUCUUACAUUCAUCGUUCGGGAAGGACCGGCAGAGCUGGAAGGACAGGUGUUUGCAUCUGUUUUUAUCAGCACAAGGAAGAGUACCAGUUAGCACAAGUGGAACAGAAAGCGGGAAUUAAAUUUAAACGGAUAGGUGUUCCUUCUGCAACAGAAAUAAUAAAAGCCUCCAGCAAAGAUGCCAUAAGGCUUUUGGAUUCUGUGCCUCCUACCGCCAUUGGCCACUUCAAGCAGUCGGCUGAGAAGCUGAUUGAGGAGAAAGGAGCUGUUGAGGCCCUGGCAGCCGCGCUGGCCCACAUCUCAGGGGCCACAUCUGUCGACCAGCGCUCCUUGAUCAACUCACAAGCGGGCUUUGUGACCAUGAUCCUGCGGUGCUCCAUUGAAAUGCCCAACAUCAGUUAUGCUUGGAAAGAACUUAAGGAGCAGCUAGGCGAAAGCAUUGAUGCCAAAGUGAGGGGGAUGGUCUUCCUCAAAGGCAAACUGGGAGUUUGUUUUGAUGUCCGCACUGAAGCAGUCACGGAAAUUCAGGAAAAGUGGCAUGAUUCGAGACGCUGGCAGCUCACUGUGGCCACGGAACAGCCGGAGCUGGAAGGACCCCUGGAAGGGUAUCGAGGCGGCAGGGGUCAGCGGGACAGCAGCCGUGGUUCUUUCAGAGGACAGCGGGGUGGAAGCAGGAACUUCAGGGGACAAGGCCAACGCGGAGGAAGUAAAAACUUCAGAGGUCAGCGACCAGGUGGUGGCAACAAAAGUAACAGAUCCCCAAAUAAAGGCCAGAAGCGGAGUUUUGGUAAAGCGUUUGGUCAGUGAGUAGAAGCAAGCAGGAACUGCACACUGUGGACGCCAGUGCCCUUCCUACUGUCAAAGCCCCAGUACUUCCUUCUGUUUUGAUCAUUUGCUCCCCCACCCCCAUUCCUUGCAGAGAGGCUUCUGAACUAUUUGAUCUAACCAUCAACUAUCUUUUGUGAAAAGGGAUAGGAAUUCAUCCUAUCAUUUUGCAUUCUUUUCCAACGUAUAUCUAGAUUUAUGAAGUAAAGCCAACCACGGAUCCAUC